AGUGUGUUGGCCCGAGUGUGACCGGUUUCCGGCCGGGGGUGCCGCACCGGCUGCCAGGAGACGUGUAACGGACGGUGGGCCGCAGCCAUGGCCGAGAGGAAACCUAACGGUGGUGGCGGCGCCGCGUCCACCUCCUCAUCGGGCACUAACUUGCUCUUCUCCUCCUCGGCCACGGAAUUCAGCUUCAACGUGCCCUUCAUCCCAGUCACCCAGGCGGCCGCUGUCUCGGCCUCCUUGCUCCUGCCGGGAGAGGAUUCCACAGAUGUUGGUGAGGAGGACAGCUUCCUUGGUCAGACUUCUGCUCACACAUCUACCCCACAGACAUUUAGUUACUUCUCUCAGGUAUCAAGCAGUAGUGAUCCUUUUGGGAAUAUUGGACAGUCACCGUUAACGACUGUGGCAACAUCAGCUGGACAUUCAGCAUUCUCCAAGUCCCCAGCUGCUCUCCCUUUCACAACCGGAUCCCAAGAUGUGUUGAAUGCAUGUUCACCAUCCAUUUCGAAGGCUCAGUAUGGUGCUCCACCUUCUUCACAGAUGGGAAUGAAUACUUAUCUGCCUUCUCAGCCGAGUAGUCUCCCUCCUUCCAAUUUUGGGAGCCCACCGCAAGGAACACCCCAACAGGGACAUAAUCCGUAUCGUCAUACCCCUGUGAGCAGCCGGGCUAAUCCUUAUAUUGCACCACCACAGCUGCAACAGUGCCAUACACAAGGUCAUCCCACCCAUCCUCCACCCCCCGGACCCCCUGUUCAGAUGUACCAGAUGCCUGUAGGAUCUCUGCCACCGAUUCCUCCUUCAGUGCCAUCAGGGUUGAGCCCUCCAACGCAACAGCAGGCACUUGCUAGACCUGCAGGUCCCUCUGUGCACGCGCCACCUUUUCUACUUCAGAACCAGUACGAACCUGUUCAGCCCCAUUGGUUUUACUGCAAGGAGGUAGAAUACAAACAGCUAUGGAUGCCUUUCAGUGUGUUUGACUCUUUGAAUCUUGAAGAAAUCUAUAAUUCAGUCCAGCCAGAUCCCGAGAGCGUCGUUCUAGGCACGGAUGGAGGGCGCUAUGAUGUUUAUCUCUAUGAUCGAGUAAGGAAGGCCGUGUACUGGGAGGAGGAGCCCGCUGAAGUGAGACGCUGUACUUGGUUUUACAAAGGGGACACAGACAGCAGAUUUAUUCCCUAUACAGAGGAGUUCAGUGAAAAAUUAGAGGCUGAAUAUAAAAAAGCAGUGACCACGAAUCAGUGGCACCGUAGAUUAGAAUUCCCAAGUGGAGAAACAAUCGUUAUGCACAAUCCAAAGGUUAUUGUCCAGUUCCAGCCUUCAUCGGUACCAGAUGAAUGGGGAACCACACAAGAUGGACAGACAAGGCCCAGGGUUGUAAAGCGUGGGAUUGAUGAUAACCUUGAUGAGAUUCCUGAUGGGGAAAUGCCUCGGGUUGAUCAUUUGGUGUUCAUGGUACAUGGGAUUGGACCUGUGUGUGACUUGCGCUUUAGAAGCAUUAUUGAAUGUGUGGAUGAUUUUAGGGUGGUUUCUCUGAAAUUGCUGCAGACACAUUUCAAGAAAUCUUUAGACGAUCGGAAAGUAAGCAGAGUGGAAUUCCUUCCUGUUCAUUGGCAUAGUUCCUUGGGUGGGGAUGCCACAGGUGUUGACAGGAAUAUUAAGAAAAUCACUUUACCAAGUAUUGGUCGGUUUCGUCACUUUACCAAUGAAACCUUGCUAGAUAUUUUAUUUUACAAUAGCCCCACCUACUGUCAGACGAUUGUGGAGAAAGUGAGAAUGGAGAUAAACCGCCUGCAUGCACUAUUUAUGAGUCGGAAUCCAGACUUCAAAGGAGGAGUCUCUGUUGCUGGUCACAGUUUAGGUUCUUUAAUAUUGUUUGACAUCCUGUCUAAUCAAAAAGAUUUGAAUUUGUCAAAGUCUCCUGGACCUUUUGCUGUUGCUAAUGGAGUUGUGAAGCAGCCACAUUUUCAGGAAAAACAGAUACCUGAAGAGCCAAAGUUGACUUUGGAUGAGUCCUGUGACCUUGACAUUGAAAAUGAAGAAGUCUUAAGUUUGCAAGAAACUCUGGAAGCACUUAGCCUCUCUGAAUAUGUUAGCAUAUUUGAAAAGGAAAAGAUUGAUAUGGAAUCUCUGCUUAUGUGUACAGUUGAUGACCUGAAGGAAAUGGGCAUACCUCUUGGACCCAGAAAGAAGAUAGCUAACUUUGUAAAACAGAAAGCAGUUAAACUGGAACAGAAAAAAGCAGCAUCAGAAAAGAAGGCAGUGAUGGCGGCUUCGACAAAGGGACAAGAGGAGAGUGGCCAGAAGGCUAAAGAAAUGGCUUCUCUUCCCUCAGAAUCUAACGAGUCCAAAAGGAAACUUCCAGUUGGUGCUUAUGUGUCUUCUGUGCAUGUUGAUUAUGAAUCUUUUGAAGUUGGCACUGGACAGGUUUCUGUUGUUUACAACUCAUUAGACUUUGAACCAGAGAUUUUCUUUGCCUUGGGAUCUCCAAUUGGUAUGUUCCUCACUAUUCGAGGAGUGGAUAGGAUAGAUGAGAACUACAGGCUUCCUACGUGUAAAGGAUUCUUCAAUAUUUAUCAUCCACUUGAUCCAGUGGCGUAUAGAUUAGAGCCUAUGAUUGUUCCAGAUUUGGACCUGAAAGCAGUUCUCAUUCCACAUCACAAAGGCAGAAAAAGACUUCAUUUAGAGUUGAAAGACAGUCUCUCUCGUAUGGGAUCUGAUUUGAAGCAGGGUUUUAUUAGCUCCCUGAAAAGCGCUUGGCAGACAUUAAACGAAUUUGCCCGCGCUCACACCUCUUCAACUCAGCUGCAAGAAGAACUGGAAAAAGUGGCCCAUCAAAUCAAAGAAGAAGAAGAAAAACAAGUAGUUGAAGCAGAAAAGAUUGUUGAAAGUCCAGAUUUUUCCAAGGAUGAGGACUACUUAGGAAAGGUUGGAAUGCUAAACGGAGGCCGCCGAAUUGACUACGUUCUUCAAGAAAAGCCAAUAGAGAGUUUUAAUGAAUAUCUUUUCGCUCUUCAGAGUCAUUUGUGCUAUUGGGAAUCUGAAGAUACUGCCCUGUUGUUACUUAAAGAAAUUUAUCGAACAAUGAACAUUAGUCCAGAACAGCCCCAGCAUUGAUUGGACUUCAGCCUCACUGUAAGCCACGAGGCCUUGUGCUCACGGGCUGUGUUCUUCGGAGGCGGCCAACAGUGCAGAUGUGGCAGUGCUGAGUGCCCGAUGGAAUAUUGUCUUCACUCAGGAAGGAACAGCAGUGCUUUUGUCUUUUGUGCUUUAUUACUGUAAGUUUGCAAAUCUCACCAACGAUUCUGUCUUUCUUUUAAAGACUUUCUUGUCUUUCCAGAAAGUCAGAGUAGAAAUUACAUUGCUGAGUAAACCUUCAGAGGACAUUCCCAGUUUGCUCCCGUGAUGGAUGAUGGAAAAGCAGUUCAUCAGCAUUUACUCGGGAAGAAUUCUCACAAGUAAGAAGUCACUUAAAAGAAAACAUACAGAACAGAAAGACAAUGAAGAAAAUCAGUACCACAUGUGGACAGUAUAGAUAAGAAAAAAUAAUUUUUCAAAUGAUGCAAUUAAAAUUUCCUCCGAUCAGUUUAGUUGUACAGCUGUCGAAGCGACGCGUGAUACCAAUGAAGACAUAUUUGUGGCAUGCAGGCGGUUAUUUCUGUUUCUUAAAAAGCUAUUGCCAAUGGGCUAUUAAACUUGCAUUUUUUAAAAUUAAUGUAGUAUGUUCUUUUUUUCAAGUAUGGACUUCUUGAGAAACUGUAGUAGUAAGAUUUUCCAAAAAUUUAUGUUCUAUUUUUAAAUGUGAGUUGUAGUUCUCCGAGCUGCUUUACCACGGAGUCAUCUGUAUCUAAGAGGAAGUAGCCAAGAUUGCUUAUAUUCCAAGCUGAAUCUGAGGUUUUAUGAAGCCUUUCAAGCACUCACUCAGUGCGUAGUUGUGCAAGUGAAAUGUUCCUGCAGCACGGAAGUCCUUGACAUGCUCUCCUGGCACAUCCAUGUCCAGCAGGGGUGUGGGGGGCAAAUGGGAGGCUUCCCAUUUUUUCAUCUGAGGUAGCUGUGCAGCUGCCUCGUUGCUAAACUUUUAAUUAAUGUGAGAACCAAAGUAGAGUUUCUUGGGUUUUUUUCCUUUGUAUUAAUUUCACUUAUACCAAAGUGUUUCAAAGUAUGAAAUGUAUUGCUUCUAGACUAUAAAUCUACUUCUUGAAAAGACUGUUCUGUAAUAUUCCACUUUGUUUUACUAUAACUUCAAAUUAUUUUAAAUAUUUUCCUAAUACUACAUGGGAAUGCUGAUUUUUCUUCUUUUGUUAUGCAGUAGAAACAUUUUACACUGUCUAUUACAUAGUUCUCAUGGAACAUAGAAUUUUUUGAAAGCAACAUGAUACACAUUUUUUUGUGUAUAUAUUCUAAUUAGUGUGAAUAAAAUAGCAACUGCAUUUUUAAAAAGCA